AUGGGGGACGUACUAUAGAAAAAUGUUGGUCAGUGCUCACGCUAAAAAUCUAGGGAAGUUUGUAUCCUAUUCUAUGACUGACACACACAGUUUGGGGCUGAACCAAAAAUUGUACUGGAGAAAAUUCAACGAAGGACUGCAAAAAUCCGGACAUAAUUCAACCCUGUCGGGCAUGAUACGAAUCCGCAGAACACUCGCCGCCUACUGCGCUCCCUUCGCGAAAACCUUCCUCCAAUUGCGAGCCAAGAACCUCGGGCGCCCUCCAAAUCCCCGCGCCCCUCCAGAAUCCCCAGGCAUACACUUGCAGGCUGGUGCGGUGGACUCUGGAGGGGCGCGGGGAAUCACAUGAAACGAAACCAAAAGACAGAAAAACCAAGAGAGAGCAAGUUGCAAAAGUCGCUAAGCGAAGCACUUCCAGGACGAGGAGGCGACAAUAGUGACCGUUUUUGUGCAGUUCUUAGUUGACUUAGCGCCAUUCUAAUCAGCCAUCUGCGGAAGCACCAGAGGCACAGCGAGCACGCCACACCAUCGAAACUUAACAAAAAGAGGAGGCGCGAGCCCUUUGGAACUCAAGCGGCAACCGGUCCAGCCCUUCUUGAGAAAUGCCACGAAAUUGAAUAAACCUCUCUAUUGUUUGCCGCUUUCCUGCUCGCAAGGCCAUUUUUGGAAAAAAAUCUGAAGACAUCUUUUCACUUUUUUCAUCAAAAAUGGCCUAGCGAGCAGGAAAGCGGCAAACAAUAGAGAGGUUUAUUCAAUUCUGGCGAAACCCCCGCAAACUUCCCCGCUGAAAUACUUCAAAAGAGUGCGAACAACGCCAGCAAACCCCCCCGACAAUCUGCGCACAAACGGCGGCGCGCGUGAGUGGUCUGACCAUUUGAAGGCGGCAGCGCGUCGCUUCUCUUUGUAACUAAUCCCACCCGGCGCGAGAGCUUCGGGGCGCCGGGUGGUCAAAAGUCCAACACUUAACAACAUGAAAAGACCCAAGAACGAAGAACCUCGGGCGGAGUGUCUCAAACCUUUCCGAUUAUGGCGAAAAAUUCGACCACAGACAAGUGGAGUUAGAAUGGAGAAAAUUCAACUAAGGACUGCAAAAAUCCGGACAAAAUUCAAUCUUCUCGGGCAUGAUACGAAUCCGCAGAACACUCGCCGCCUACUGCGCUCCCUUCUGGAAAACCCUCACCCAAUUGCGAGCCAAGAACCUCGGGCGCCCUCCAAAUCCCCGCGCCCCUCCAGAAUCCCCCAGCAUACAUUUGCAGGCUGGUGCGGUGGACUCUGGAGGGGCGCGGGGAAUCACAUGAAACGAAACCAAAAGACAGAAAAACCAAGAGAGAGCAAGUUGCAAAAGUCGCUAAGCGAAGCACUUCCAGGACGAGGAGGCGACAAUAAUGGCCGUUUUUGUGCAGUUCUUAGUUGACUUAGCGCCACUAUAAUAAUGCUUAUCUUCAUGCAUUCACUGGUCUUGUACAGAAAAGAACACGGGACAGCGCUGUUCAAGAAUUUUAUUGGAGACAAAAUAUUCAUUCGAUUUCGACAUACUACUAUGCCUUGUUCUGAAAAAAUAUCUGCAUGGUUUCUUCGCUUUUAUUAAAAAGUAGCUACUAUUCUUCCACUUACAUACAUUGUUUUUGCAUUGGCAUCGUCAUGUGAUAAGAAAUCAGUAUUGAACUAGGGUUGUGAAGAUUUCGUGCCAAAAUACAGUGCUUCUACUACAGAAUCUUCGCGAGAAGGUAAUCGCCAUCAGCAC